AUGAGUACAUCAACCAAAUGGCGUGAAAUCUAUAAUAAAAUAAUGUCUUUACCAAGUUUAACUCCAUCUGAUCAAGUAAAUGAAGCGAUUGAUUCAUUACGACAACAAAUUUCUCAAUCCAAUGACGAUGAUCUGAAUAAAUCUGAUCUAACUGAACAAGAAAUUAUCCAACUUCGUCAACGUUUCAGUCAAUCAGUUUAUGAACUUGAAAAAUUUUGGGCUCAUAAAAUUCUUAAUCAUUCAAAUCAUCAAUUGAUUUUAGAACAAUUUCCUCAAUGGGAUAAUUAUCUGAAAGUCAUGAAACGUGAAUGGAAUUCCAUAGAAAUUUAUGCAAAAGAAUUUUUAACAAAAAAAGUUCUUAUUAUUGGGGGUGGACCAAUUCCAUUAUCAGCUAUUAUUUUAGCACAACAAUAUCAUAUCUGUUCAGUUGUCAUGGAUAUUGAUGAAGAAGCAACUGAUUUAGCAAGAAAACUUGUUUUUGCUCUUGGCUUACAAAAUCAAAUAACUUUAAUUCAAAGUUCAGGUGAAAGUUUUGAAAAUUAUCAAGAAUAUUCUUUAAUCUAUGUUGCUGCAUUAGCUGGACUUGUUUUCGAAGAAAAACAAAAAAUAUUUGAUACGAUUAAAAGUCAAACAACACCUGGAACAUUUAUUUUAACACGAUCAAGUCAUGGAACAAGACAAAUUCUUUAUCUUCCUCUUCAUCAAAGAAUUCAAGAACAAUUUGAAACCGUUAUGGAAAUUCAUCCUAAUGAUGAGGUCAUGAAUUCAAUUAUUUUACUUAAAACUAUUUAA